UACAUGUUCCUGCGGAGGGACUGAUGCUGGUUGUCUUGGCUGCAGGUUUGGAAAUAACUCUUUAUUUUCGGAGUAUGGAGACGUUCGACUGAUUGGCCAUUAAAUGCUGAAUCGUGUGCCUUUUUUCUCUUUUUGACUUAGUUUUGAUUGGGCGAUUCUUAAUGCUUUCACGACACGGCAGCACAUUUGUCCCACGUUCAGUCUCAAGCUUUUUGAACUAAAACAGCCUUUUGAACUCCUAGAGCACACUACAAUUUUAAUCUUAGCAGGAAUCGGCUAAAUUCCUGCAACAAUGUCUGGAGCUAACCGAGGACAGGGAAGCGCGGCUGCUGAGUUUCACAACCAAGAAAACAUGCUCUCACGACUGAGGGGCAAAGCUGCUCCUGCAGAGGACCAGGAGAACAUCCCACCCAAACCCGCCAACAGAACUGUCCUGGGAUCCCUCCAGAACAACCAGAGGACAAAGGCUAACAACCAGCGCGGCAUAAAACAGGAGCACCUGUCUUGUAAAAAUGAUGACUUCAGCAAGAGCUGCUUUGAGAAACCCUCAAAAAAGCCUGCUUUUCAGAUCCAUGUGGAUGAACCUGAUAGUGCCUGCAGUAAGAAGCCACUGCCAGCAGCUGAGGAUUCCCCUCUAGUACUCAAUAAUGCAGUGGCACAACUCCGGCAACCACUGGCCACCAUUGACUUUCCAUCUGCAAUGGACGUCAGCCUGCUUGAUUCUCCCAUGGACAUGUCUGUAAUUGAGGGUGAAGAAAAGACUCUGAAUGUAAAUGAAGUCCCGGAGUAUGCUGCUGAAAUCCACACUUAUCUGAGGGAAAUGGAGGUAAAAACCCGACCAAAAGCUGGCUACAUGAAGAAGCAGCCAGACAUCACCAACAGCAUGAGGUCUAUUUUGGUAGACUGGCUUGUCGAGGUUGGAGAGGAGUACAAACUUCAGAAUGAAACACUAUACCUUGCUGUAAAUUACAUUGACCGCUUCCUGUCGUCAAUGUCUGUACUGAGGGGAAAGCUUCAGCUUGUUGGAACUGCUGCCAUGUUGCUGGCUUCUAAAUUUGAGGAAAUCUACCCUCCAGAGGUGGCAGAGUUUGUCUACAUUACAGAUGACACCUACACCAGAAAGCAGGUGUUGAGAAUGGAACAUCUGGUGCUGAAGGUGCUUUCGUUUGACCUGGCUGCCCCCACUGUUAACCAGUUCCUCACCCAGUAUAUUCUCAACCAGUCGGUCAGCAAACAAGUGGAGAGUUUGGCAAUGUACCUCAGUGAACUCAGUCUAAUAGAUUUAGAACCAUGUCUGAAGUAUCUACCAUCACAAACUGCUGCUGCGGCUUACAUUCUGGCUAACCACACACUGACUAAAGGCUCCUGGCCAAAGUCAUUAACAGAAAUGAGUGGCUACAGUCUAGAAGAUCUGAUGCCAUGUGUCGAGGAUCUGCACAGAAUCUACCUCAAUGCUUCCCAGCACGCACAGCAGUCCAUACGGGAAAAGUACAAGAGUCAGAAGUACCAUGAAGUCUCUCUCAUCGAUGCUCCAGCAGAGUUGCUCCUGAAGUGAUUCAACCCCCACCCCCUUGUAGAUUUCCCAUUUCAAUUUUUUUUUUUAAUGACUGCCACAUUUUCAAAGGACAUGACCUGCUCUUUUUGGAGUCCGGCAUAAUGUUUGAGAGUUCUUAAAUGUUUUUAUAUAUUGAUACAAAAUCCUGAGUCUUAUGUGUCAAUCACACUGUUUUACUGGUAUCGGACAACUGGAUAUCUGCCAGCUUUCUUUGCUGCAGCUUAACAAUGGACUUGUGAUGUUCUCUCCCUAAAUGGUGGAGUUUCAAGCAGUUGUUGCAGAUUAAAAUAUUGGCAUUUCAUCCAUAUUGCUACAAUGAAUGCAAUUAAACUUUACCGUCUGUCCAAGUAAUCUGUGUCAUCCCAUUCAUGUCUUCCCUAGACACUACUGCACUGUAAAAAUGGCUCUUGUAAAUAAAUUUCAUUUAAUAAGA